CGCAACAUGCCAGCAAGCAGCCCAUGUGGGCCUCACGGACCGGAUCUGUUUUCCAUCGGCGUGUGUCUCAAACCAGAAAAAAACAUUUCGGUCUUUCUUGGUAUCCUUUUGGCCCUGCAGCUGUUCGAGAUGUAGAGGCUGUGUAUUUGUGUGUGGGUGCCUUCCCAGGGACGAGGGACACUGCGUCCUGAGCCACGAGCAAGCGCAUCUUCCUGCAUCGAGCUGGAUGGGUUGGAAGUGGCUCGUCGCGUUCCUGGCCGGUGCCUUUGCGCAGCCCACAGAGGUCCCGGGGCAAGUUGCCUUCUACGACCUGGACCUGGAUGUGGGAGAGCUUCCCAGCCCAGUGGCGCCCUUCUUCUUCUUUUUUUGUGGGAGGUGUUCCCCUUUAAACUCAACUAACCAAACAAAGAAACAAAAUGCUGGGCACCUCCCAUGGGAGUUGCCCAGCGGCGCCCUUAAACUCAACCAACUCAAAAAGCCACUCACUCCAAUUGGGGUCUGGAGUCUUGAGCAAUGUGGCGGAACGAACCAAACAAGGAUGCCCCUUUUCUCCCCGUGGACAUCCGCGCAUCCGAGGAUCUCCGGCACCUUGGAGUUUGUGAAGGCCUCCUCGGAGGCCAACAUCGACGCCUACAACGUCUACUGGGGCUCCUCCUCCAGCGCCAAGCUGCUUCCCUUCUUCACUCUGGCGGCGGACGGUUUCGCGCCCUCCUACGCCAUCCCGAGCAAUACGGCGGUGCCAAGCACGGCCACGCACUUCCUGGUCUUCAGCUCCAACUCCUUCGGUGAGGGCGCUACUCCGUCCAGCUACGCCUUCACUGAUCGGCACGUGCCCACCUACGGGCCCAAUGGCAUCUUCUUCUCCGACACCGGGUAUACCUCGGGGCAGGUCACUGGCAGCAUCACCAUCUCCAGGGCCGCCAGCGAGGCGGACGUCACCCACUACGCCCUCUACUGGGGCUCCUCCGCCUCCACGUUCUUGCUCUACAUCGCCACGGUGCCAAAGGCCACGGAUCCCUUGGUCCACGGCCUGGCCGCCGCCACCGUUCCCAGCGGCGGAACCCACUUGCUCGCCUACACCAUGAACGCGGACGGCCUCAACGAGGCCCAAAUCGCCUCCGCCUUGGUCUACGACCGGGGCGUCCCCGCCUACCCGGCCACCAGUUUGGCCUUUUUGGACCUGGAUCUGGUGCAGGGGGAGAUCGGGGGCCUGGUUUCCAUCGGGCGCGCGGUGGACGAAACUGCCAUCACCAGCUAUGCCGUGUACUUUGCGGUGGCCGAGGAGGGGCCCCCAGGCCCAUCCCUGGGCAGCGUCACGGCCAGCGGACAAGACGUCUUCGUCUUGGUGCCCACGGACACGGCGCCCCAGGUGGGGUAUCCCUACCUCAUCGUCCGCAGCCGAAACGCGGAUGGGGAGAUGGCCACAGGCAUCGGCAUUCUGCUGGUGGAUCGCUUUGUCCCCGUGGACCCGGCGCAGUCGAUUUCUUUCCUAGAUGAGGACUUGAGUCUGGGAGUGAUCGGGGGCACCAUCGAGAUCGGCGCGGCGCUGCUUGAGACGGAGAUCUCCAAGUACGGCAUCUACUGGGCGGACGCUUCCCAGCAGCCCAUCUCGCUGAUCGCCGAGCUGGCGCCCGGGGACUACAACUACAGCGUGGCCCUUGGCACCGCCAAGCCCAGCCAGGCGCAGUACUUGCUGGUGCUCACGGGGAACGAACACGGCUACAUGAGCUCCGGGGCGUCCACCGCUUUGGUGGACCGCGCUUAUCCGGUGAACCUGCCAUCCCAGAUCCAGUUUGAUGAUGCGGAUAUGGAUGCUGGGCAGAUCGGUGGCUCACUUACGGUGAUGAGGGCCAGCGACGAGACGGAUGUCACGUCGUACACGGCUUACUAUGGCUCCUCUGCCGCCUCCGACUCCUCCGCACAGGUGGCGCUGAUCGGCGAGAUCUUGGUGGCCAGUUUGCCCAGCGGCAGCACCUCCGCGGUCUUCACCAUUCCCAUGAACACCGCGCCACCAGGCGCCAGCUAUUUCUUGGGCUUCAGCAAGAACAGUCUGGGGGAGAGCCUCUCGGGCAUCAGCGCCUCCCUGGUGGAUAAGACUAACUUCUUCCCCACGGUGGCGGUGAGCAGCGUGGCGUUUGUGGACGCCGACCUGUCCUCGGGCCUGGUGGGUGGCUCGGUGACCUGGCUCGCGCCGGCGGACACCGCGGGGCUCACGCAGUACACGGUGGUCUUCGCGCUGGAUGCCGCAGGCACCGGACGGCAUCCCAUCUGCAGCGUGGCCAUCGGCACACACAGCUGCGUGGUGCCCCUCAGCACGUCUUUGUCCGCCGGCGGCGGGAGCUUCGCCUACGUCAUCGUCUUCACCAACAACGGCUUCGGCGAGGGCCCCGGGCUCGCAGCGGGGCUGACGGACCGCGCCCUGCCGGUGGCGGUCGCGUCGGGCCUCAGCUUCCCGGACACUGAUGUUGCCGUGGGAAGCGUGGGGGGCACCGUGACUUGGACGCCUCCGGGCAAUCCCAGCGGCGCCACGCAGUUCACCCACUACCAGAUUUACCUGGCCGGAAGUUCGAGCGCAGCCAACGUGCUGCUGGGGCAGGUGGCUGUUGGCACCAACAGCCUGGUGCUCGCGGAUGGCCAGGUCUUGGGCAACUUUUCCCAGGUGGCUGUAUACACCUGGAACUCUGCAGGGGAGGCCUCGGCGGGCACCUACGCCCCAGUCACGGACCGCUUUUUGCCGCCUGAAGGUGUCUUGAACCUCUUCUUCUGGGACCAGGACUUUACCGUGGGCGAGAUCGGGGGGGAUUUGGCGUGGCUGGAGCCCGCGGACACCUCCUCCAUCACGCACUACGGCGUGAAGAUCAGCUGCGCCGAAAGCACUUCUUCUUUGGGCCAGGUGGCGGUGGGCACGGACCGAUUUCAAGUGGGGUUCGACACCGCCUUGGCCAACUGCACUGAGCUGCUGGUGGUGGCUCUCAACGAGUUGGGGGAGUCGCCCGUGGUGGUCUCCACAACCAUCGAGGACAGGUCCACUGAGAACUGCCCCAACGACACGCACCACAGCUUCCGGUCGAGCCACUGGCGCUUGGUGGCCCACGACGGCGUCACUUCCGCCUGGAAGCUGCAGGGGCUACGGUUCUACGAGGACGCCUUGUGCUCCGCGCUUCUGGCCACGGUGCCCUCCGAGUGGCCCCGAAGACCGCGGCUUUUGCCUGGGGCGCCGGUGGCGCUGCCAGGGGCCACGCGGAACUUGCACGAGAUCUUUCAGGUGUCCACUCGCCAAGGUGCCACAGUGAACGGCACGGAGAUCGUGCCGAGCUCACGGCCCUGGUGGUCUUCCGGCACGCCCUGCGCGCCCUUCGAGCCGACCAACGGCUCGAGCCCCGGCUGCACGGUGGGCUUCCGCUGGGAGUCCGACGUGGUGAUGUCCCGCCAGGGCCGCGCACGCAGCUCCGGGAUUGUAAGGCCAGUGGCGCAGCGGGUGCACUGUGUAGAGCUGGACCAGUCCAGCCUACCAGGGGAGUAUGCCACACAAGUGUCCCUUGAGUGGUACGACGAAGCGCGGCAGAUGUAUCGCAGCUUGCUGCGGAGACCCGCGACGGGUGGGCAGCUGGUGAUGUCCUAUCAGGGAGUUCUGGCUUCACAGUGCGGGUAGUGCCGAAACAUCGAAGCUGCCGAAACAUCGAUGCAGCAUGACUUGACUCCACCAAGCUGAAGAUCCAUCGAAGCCGAAGUUCAUGCAGCAUGACUUGACUAGAAGAAAGCUGCCGAAGAUCAGAUGCAUUGACUCCAUGGCCCUCACCGACUUGUGAGCUCGGGCGUGAUCAGCCCUACGAUCUUACGGUCCCAUCACUGCGUUCAGAUUCCAUGGCGUCUGGCCCCUGAACCAGCUGUGCUUGCACACAUUCGACGAAUAUGGGAAUUCCAACAGAGAAACAAAA